ACCUGUUGUCGUUUCGAUGAACAUCGGGUGAACGGCAACGAAGAGGACCGUAAUUGUCAGUUCAUCAUGAUUGGAUACAUGUAGCAUACCCGCGUCAAUACAAAUGCACAUGUAUCCGUUCGACUCCUGGUAGUACUUUGGAUCAAAUGGCUUGAUUAACACAGGAUCUGAAGUGCCGCUCAGAAUCACAUCUGGGCACUUCUGUUCGGUGAAGAAAUAACAUUGGAAUUUCUUAGUCAUGGCGUUAACAAAGUGAGGGACCGGCGCUUACAUAGUCAGCCUCAAAAGUUUUAUAGCGACAUGCAAUCAUCCGCUCUUUGCCAGCGUUGCGCCUCGCUACGAAAACUUUCUAGCUAUACCUCACUUCCAACCGCACAAACUAGGCUCAUUUCUAGCUCUCCCUACGGCCGUACCCACGUAUGGAAGAGACGUCCACCUAUACUUCCAAAUCCCGUAGUUCCAAAAUUUCCCCAGCGUGUUAUUCGAGCCGAUGGGACAUCCUUCACUCAUUGGACAACAUCCCCUCGGUCUCUGAUUCGUUUAACGCGUGACACGACCAAUAAUCCAGUCUGGAAUACUGCAUUGUGGGCAGACAAUAAGGCAGUGGAGGACGAGGCCAAUACAACAGGAAGGAUGGGAAGAUUCAAUAAGAGAUUUGAGGGUAUUGGGGGUGCUGGUGGGACUGUUGAUUGGAUGGCUGGAACCGGAGAGGGCAGUGGAAUCGAGCUCGAGGGUGAACUGGUUGAUCCAAGCUUGUAUGUCGCGAAGACCAAGAAGAAGAAGAAGAAUUAGUCCGCUUCAUUCUUAUUUUGACACACGUAUUGAAUCACUUCCCUUUGCGAAUGAAAAUUUCAUACUUCCAAUACACCUUCAAAGAGGUACCCAAGUUCUGAAUUUAAUGCUUAAUGCGAAGGGAAACUUCUAAAUCAAGUCACGCAAGUAGAAAAUACUAG